AAUCGUGAAAAUUUGCAUCGAUCGCCGCGUUCCGUUUCAGUUUUCCGCCGGAAGUUUUCACUUUGAGCAGUAAAGAUGGUCGUGAAGCCAGCAGCGCGCGGCAUGAAGCCCCAGGGACAGGCCUACAAGGACAAAAGCAAACCGGCUGACAUCCGCCAGAGCAACAUCAAUGCAGCCAAAGCCGUCUCCGAUGCAAUCCGUACCAGCUUGGGUCCCCGUGGUAUGGACAAAAUGAUUCAAGCCGGCAACGGUGAGGUCACAAUCACCAACGAUGGCGCCACCAUUCUGAAGCAGAUGAACGUGAUCCAUCCGGCGGCCAAGAUGCUGGUGGAACUCUCCCGGGCGCAGGACGUUGAAGCGGGAGAUGGCACCACCUCGGUUGUGGUCGUCGCCGGAGCCCUGCUGGAAGCCGUGGAAAAGCUGCUGCAGAUGGGAAUCCACCCCACUGCUAUCUCGGAUGCCUUCCAGAAGUGUUCGGCCAAAGCGGUUGAUAUCCUGACAGAAAUGUCCCGCCCAAUCGAGUUGAGUGAUCGGGAAUCGUUGAUCAAGAGCGCCUCUACGUCCCUGAACUCGAAGGUCGUAUCGCAGCACAGCAGUCAACUGGCCCCGAUUGCCGUGGAAGCCGUUCUGAAGGUCACUGAACCGGGACACGAGAGCGGAGUUGACCUCAAGAACGUUAAAAUUAUUCGCAGUCUCGGAGGAACCAUCGACGAUACGGAACUGAUCGACGGAUUGGUGUUCACUCAGCGAUCAUGCGGCGUUAAUGGGCCGAAGCGUGUUGAAAAGGCCAAGAUUGGCUUGAUCCAGUUCUGUAUCUCGGCACCAAAAACCGACAUGGACCACAGCGUCAUCGUUUCGGACUACGCGGCCAUGGACCGAGUGCUGAAGGAGGAACGUGCCUACAUUCUGAACAUUGUGAAGCAGAUCAAGAAGGCCGGAUGCAACGUUUUGUUGGUUCAGAAAUCGAUCCUACGUGACGCCGUCUCGGACCUGGCUCUGCACUUCCUGGAUAAGAUUAAGGUGAUGGUUGUGAAGGACAUCGAGCGGGAAGAUAUCGAAUUCGUCUGCAAAACGUUGAACUGCAGACCCAUUGCUUCGUUGGAUCACUUCCUGCCGGAGCAUCUGGUCAAUGCUGAUCUGGUUGAGGAGGUUUCCAGUGGAACGAGCAAGUUUGUCAAGGUCACCGGAAUCCAGAAUAUGGGAAAAACCGUUUCGAUUGUUGUUCGUGGUUCGAACAAGCUGGUCUUGGAAGAAGCCGACCGUUCGCUGCAUGAUGCUCUUUGCGUCGUCCGUUGCUUGGUGAAGAAGCGUGCCCAGAUUGCUGGUGGUGGUGCUCCUGAAAUCGAAAUGGCCCUCCAGCUGGCAGCUCAUGCUCAAACACUGGAAGGAGUGGACGCCUAUUGCUUCCGUGCUUUCGCCAACGCUUUGGAAGUCAUCCCAUCGACGCUGGCCGAAAAUGCUGGUCUGAAUCCGAUCGCAACCGUCACAGAACUUCGCAAUCGCCACGCCCAAGGUGAGAAGAAUGCCGGAAUCAACGUGCGCAAGGGAGCGAUCACCGAUAUCCUGGCGGAGAAUGUGGUGCAACCGCUGCUGGUGUCCACUUCGUCUAUCACGUUAGCUUCGGAGACGGUUCGGUCGAUUCUGAAGAUCGAUGAUAUCAUCAACACGAUGCAGUAAAAGUUGAUUCCCUGUAUUUUACUGUGAGCUUGCUUAUACUCUCAUUAAUUUAAAAGUUUUCACCGCCUAAAAUCGUUUUUCCUCCCACAUCGCGCACCGAAACCAUUGAAAUUUUGUUCGAAGGAGAACCACACGCAAAACUAUGAACAUUACUUUUGUAUUGUCUUAACGCUAACAUGAUAACAAUAAAACCUGUAUCACUUA